GUUUAUUUUAGUAUGAGAAAAAUUGUCGAGUAUUUUACAAUAUUUUGCGCGAUCUCCACUUAAAGUUUGUUUCUCUAUAUUUAAUACAGUAACCUGGUGUCUUGACUGAGUAAAUGGGAAGCACGAUGGUGAGUGAAGCUAGACAUUGGAUCAAUAGUUUGAUGUUGGUAGUACUUACAAUGGCUACUCUCACAAGAUGGUGUUCUUGUAGUGGAGCAGCACCUUACCACUGCAGCCAACUGAUAGACAAAGAGAAUGUUUCUACACACAAGCCAGGACCACCUGUUUUCGAUGACAUGUAUGCAACUCAAACAGAAGUAAAGAGUUGGUCCACUACACAAAGUAAUUCAUUAAGAUGUUGUGUAACUGCUAAACCAGAUCCUGAAAUCAUUUGGUAUAGGAAUGGUGAACUGCUUUCCUCAAGGAAUUACAGGAUAGUUAUACAAAGCAAUGGUCAAGUUGUAACAAUCAAUGAUAUAAGAAAGGCAGAUGAAGGCAACUACACAUGCAUUGCUAAGAAUGCAUAUGGAAAUAUAUCUCACUCAUUCCUGGUAAAAGUAACUUCCUUAUUCGUACUUCAAAAGCCAGUAGUAAUUCUGCAGCCCAGUCCAUGGAAGACCUUUGUUGGAAAUAAUAUUAGUAUUUCUUGUACAAUCAUGAAAAGUGCCCGAUCACCCUUUGUGAUGUGGUUCCACUGGGUCAAAAACAGCAUCAAGUUUUGCCGAGGAAACAGGUAUCAUAUUACAAAAAUUAAAAAAAAGGAGAAGGGAACUUGGCUGUCAACAUUGACAAUAUCAAAUGUAACCAUGGAUGAUCAAGGAAAUUAUACUUGCACAGCAAAGAAUGGAGCAGGAAGUGGCCAAGCUGCACAUCAAAAUGGCACUUUGAUUGUGCUAGAAUUAAAACCAAAAACAAGUCAUCAACACGAAGAUAAUACUUUCUUUAGUAAAAACCCAGUUUUUCUUGGAGUAGUAAUAGCUGUUGGUGUAAGCUUACUCAUCAUUUUAUUGGUCAGCAUUUUAUGGCGGAGAAAAAAAUCAAGGUCUGAUCAUGGAACACACUUUCCUAUUAAUGAUCAGCAGUCCUUCUCAAAACCUGAUGAUAAUCCACUUCUUCUUCACGCGGAUGACAUGCACAUCGAAAUACCGGUAGAGAAUCUACAGCUUUUGAUGCACGCACCAGGAGCUGGCAACGAUAGUGAUUUAGACUUUGAUGUUUUCGUCUCGUAUUCGAGUUUGGAUCGGGAUUUUGUUAAAAACUGUCUUUAUGCAGAAUUGACCACCACCCAUAGUGUGUGCAUUGAUUUCAAAGACUUUGAAGCAGGUCUCUUCAUUACUGAUAAUAUCGCAAAUAGUGUAUUCAGGAGUCGUAAGACUCUCUUAGUUGUUACUCGCAACUUUCUCAAGGGAGUUUGGACAUUUUUCGAAAUGCAGCUUGCACAAGGAAGGCUAGCAGAAGGGCAUGAUGUGUUGAUACUCGUUCUGGUGGAAAACAUUCCCGUGCAUGAAUUACCCAAGCCUUUGCAACAUUAUCGCAAGACAAAGACUUAUCUGGAAUACUUCAAUGAAGAUGUCAGGCCACACUUCUGGGAUCGAUUGAGAUCUGCUAUUGGACCAAGUCUGCGCGGCCGGGAAACAGAAAAGGACGAGAGUGUUUGACUGGUUUAGUUUGGUUCUGCUAGAACUAAUAGCUAAUAAUAUAUUGUAUAGUAUAGCUAAUAAUGUAUUGUAUAGUAUAGCUAAUAAUAUAGUGUAUAGCAUAACUAAUAACAUAUUGUAUAGUAUAGCUAAUAACAUAUUGUAUAGUAUAGCUAAUAACAUGUAGUAUAGAAUAGUUAAAAAUAUAUUGUAUAGUAUAGUUAAUAACAUGUAGUAUAGUAUAUACUUCUAUACCUUCAGAGCUCGAGGUCCACGGUUCGAUCCUUGGGAUCUCCACAUCUGUUUCGACUUCUCUCUAAUCCGUGUAGCUUCAGCUUUAAAUACUCUUAAAACAGAGCACUGAUGGAGAGAGGGGGUAAAGUGCGCACCGUCGGCUUCCAUUGAUAACAGUUGAAUUUCAACUGAAGGAACUACCGACGUUAAAUAUAGGUACUUUACUUUACCUUUUCCUUUAGCUAAUAAUAUAUUGUAUAGUAUCGCGAUCCUCCUAUUCUUAAAUCUUAAAAUGAAGAAAAAAGCGAUAAAAAAGCUAGUCUCCCCCACAGCCGCUUUCAGUGUCGUCACGGCUGUGGGGGAGACUACAAAAAAGCCUGAUUGGUUUGAAAUUCUCACUACCUAACAGUGGUCACCCUAAAAUUGUCGAGCACAUUUUUGAGUUUUCGCAAGUUUUUCGUAAGUUUGACCUGUUUUGAUUGUACUUUUAACACUAGAAUUAAUUUUAUUACUCUACUUUGUAAAAUAAAUAGUUAAUAAGAGAAUUUAUAUGAUUUUACAACUAUUUUUGUCGUGAAAUAACUUCUAAAAGUCGAGUUUUUUUUCGAAAGUUUAGUUUGAAUGAAAACAAAUAUUUGGCGUUGUUUUUCACUCACCUGUAGCAGAAAGCGUAGGAACAGCAUAUCAUGUUAUUAUCUUUGUGUAUCACAAGUCAGGAAAUAAGUUAUGAAGAUCAAAGUUGUAAUAAAAGGAUGUAAAACAUGUAAAAAAUAAAUUUUCCGCCAUCGAUGUUGAGAUUCCAAUGUGAACCGUUGCAUUCACAAACCAGACUGAGAUACCAAAAAAGUGCUGUUUUCGCCGUCAAUCAAAUCUCAUGAGCCAAUCACGCGCGGUAAUUCUGAACCGACAAUACGGGUUUAUAUUGGCGGCUCUCUCUCGAUCAAACUUGUAGGAGGAUCGCGAUACUAACAUGUAGUAUAGUAUAUAGCUAAUAAUAUAUAGUAGUACUGUUUUGUGUAGUGAAUAGUGUAUAGAUAUAGUCACCUUGAGGUGAGAGUGAUCCAAACUCUGCAUACUUGGACUGUUAAAAAACUAACUUUAUUGUAUAUAGUGACUUCUGUGACUGUGAAUAUAGGAUAGGGGAAGGGUUCCAA